AGCCGUCACAAAGGCAUCUGCGCAUGCUCCGUGUGUGCGCAGCGCCGGCGGCCGCAGGGCGAUCAUGGCGGCUCGGUGCGUGAGGCUGGCGCGGUGCAGCCUCUCGGUGUUGGCGCUGACCCUCAGGCCUUCGCCUCGCUUGUUGUGCACAGCUGCAAAACAAAAGAACAAUGGCCAGAGCCUGGAAGAGGACUUGGGUCACUGUGAGCCAAAGGCAGAUCCACCCUCCUCAGACAAGAUCCUCCUGGAGGAGAAAGUCAAGCUGGAAGAGCAGCUGAGAGAGACCAUGGAAAAAUAUAAACGAGCUUUGGCAGAUACUGAGAACCUGCGGCAGAGGAGCCAGAAGCUGGUGGAGGAGGCCAAGUUGUAUGGCAUCCAGGGUUUCUGCAAAGACUUGCUGGAGGUGGCAGACAUCCUGGAGAAGGCAACCCAGAGCGUCCCCAAGGAGGAGGUGAGCGAUGACAACCCUCACCUCAAGAGCCUGUAUGAGGGGCUGGUGAUGACCGAAGUCCAGAUUCAGAAGGUGUUCACAAAGCACGGCUUGCUCAGGCUGGACCCCAUCGGGGCCAAGUUCGAUCCUUACGAACACGAGGCCUUGUUCCACACCCCGGUGGAGGGGAAAGAGCCAGGCACAGUGGCACUGGUUAGCAAAGUGGGCUACAAGCUGCAUGGGCGCACCCUGCGGCCUGCACUGGUUGGGGUGGUGAAGGAAGGUUAGCUGCCUCCCACCGAGCUCUGGACUUUUUAGGUCACUUGCUAGAACUCUUGAAAGGCAGGCUUAGAUUUUCUCAUCUGUGAAUACAUUCGACCUUUGCCCAGCCUUGUUGGAAAUCUUAAGCUAAGCAGAACGUGAAGCCGCUUACACACUGUGUGGAGGAACUCUGUGUGGAGGAACUUGGGGAAACUGGUAACCUGUCUCAUAGCUCCACCUACUCCAAAAGGGAACCAGUAGAGCCUCUGGAGUAGCAUAACUGACACUGUCCAACCUGGUGAUUGUAAAGUACUUUACAUAAAUAAAAGGUCUUUGGAAAUUA